GUGGCAAGCCCGUUGCUGCGUCCUCCUCAGCCUCUGGUAGCAGUAGCUCUGUAAGGCGGAAGCCGUCGCGGCCGUCCUCGCAUGUACGUUCGGUCAGCGAGUUCAAGGUAGCGUCACUGACCGACGCCCUGCAGAACUUCAAGCAAUUCUCGUCGGAGGUUGCGCUGAAGCAUGCAGCGCUGGCUGGCAUUCGCACCGACAUCAAAAAGUCGGAUAUCACCAAUAACGUGAAAGACCGUGUCACCGGAGGUCGAUUGCUUGAGGACCUGGAGGAAGCCAGCAACAAGCUGAGUGAUUAUUGUGAUAGUGUGAAUGUAGAGCUGCAGGAUAGACGAUUCCUACUGCAAUUACUGAACAAUGGCCUCUCCUAUCACCAGUCACGGCUGAACCAGGCAAAGGCAAUACAAGAGGAGUUCUCCGUCAUCUCCAAGCGCGUCACGUCUGUGCGAGAGCGCCUCACCGCCAAGCUGCCGGUACUGCUCUCUCAGGCCGCCGACAACGGGGCAGGUUCUCCGGUCGCGCCCGCGGUCGAGGCGCUUUCUCCCGGGGCCGGGGGUGAUGUGCCAUACGAUGUCACCAUGGCCAUGGACGGUACGAUGGAAGUCGCCGAUAUGGACCUGGACAAUUCCGACGAGGAGCCCCCGGGACCGUCCCCGCAGCCGUCGCCCAUUCCCAGUUUGCACGGCGCUGCAGCUGCUGCUACCGGUGCGCAGGAUACAUUCUACGGUGGUUCGGAAUUGCCCACCACGUCCACUUCUCUGGCCGUGAGCGCUGUGUCGCCUUACGAUAUGUCCUCACCCGGGAGCACGCAUGCAGACCCGGCUUCUUCGCGACCCCACCUCCACGAGCCGUACUUCCUACCCUCUCACAGCUCGCAGCAGCAGCAAGAGCAACAGCGCCUCGCUAACAACUCCCAGCCGCCGACGUUUGACUCCAUGUACGCGGCUAGUGGCGCCAGGGGAGACGCCCCGGGCACUCCCGGUACCCCUUCUAGCAGCGCCCCACCCUCGCCCGGGACCCCGGAGGAGGAGGCACCUCCGGGUCCGGACGAAGGCGAUGCUCCAAUGUCCACCGCUGCCAGUUCAGCAUCAGCGGCGCAGCAGUCCACGUCUAACAUGCUCAACAUACUCUCCAGACUGCUCAGCGAGAAGAAGAGCCAGGAGGGACAACAAGCAAAGAGCGGCACUGGUACGGAUGCUAGUCUGUCAACCGCUGCUUCAGGGCACAGUGACCAGUCAUCGCGUAAUCCGCAGCAGCGCGGCACCGCGGCACCUGCCUCGUUGCCCACGGCGCCGAACGGCAAGCCGCUGACGGAGAUCCUGGACUCGAUUCUGCCCACGCUCAUGGGCACGCUGCAGAAGGUGCAGGCUGUCGGACCGGGCACUCCCGUACGCACGGACGCUGCCGGCGAGCGCAGACUCAGCGCCACCGAUAGUGUGUCCGCGCUGGACCUGAGCGCCACCGGGGUGAGCUCGACGACGCGGGCGCAGCCGCUGGCACACGCCGCCGACAUCGACCCUCUCUCCAACACCACCGGCUCCGUCGCAUCUCUCCCGUCUCUCUCCUGGGCGAACGGCAACUUCGAGCAGGCGGCAUCGUCGGUAGCGUCAUCAUCGACGGCUGGAGCUGCUGGCACACCCACGCGGCCCCAGGCUGGCAGAUCAGUAACGUCCCCGACCUGGUCGCAAACACCCAGCGUAGCCAUGAAGCCGUUCCAGGCCAUCUCCAGUCCUCCGUGCACCGACCCGUCAGCCAGCGUAUCUACAUCUCUGCCCGGCAGUGUGCCUCCACCUUCACUCUUCUCUCAGCAUCCGGCCACAAGCCUAGCGUUCUCUGCAGCUGCAUCGUCCUCAGUGUCCACGUCCACUACAACACCCCAGAUGGCAAUCGCCCCUCCAAUCCCGCCACCCGGAAUGCCACCGUUUCCGGGACCGCCGCCGUUUCUCCAGGGCGCCCCGCAGCCCCCGGGGCCGUUUGGCCCGCCGCCACCCAUGCUGCCCGGUGCGUUUGGCAUGCCGCCAAAUCCGCCCGGGGUGCCUCCCAUGCCGUUCCCGCCAAUACCCCCCAUUGGCGCCCUGCCCAACGCUGCCGUGACAGGAGACAGGGCAGCUGGACCGUCAUCAGCUGGCUUCCUGGGAAUGCCUGCUGGCCCGCCCGGCAUGGUGGACGGCUUGAAUAUGUCCGUUGACGGUAAGCAGCAACGGCCAACACAAUCGCAGCAGUCGGCUUCGAUGGCCUCCGACAUUGGACGUGAGGGUGACGAGACACCGCCGCUUGAGGAGCUGGAGGCAGCGGCCGAUGCCGGCACCAGUGUCAGCGGAGUGCACGAUAUGGCCGGUGGCUCGCGCAUGUUCCCACCCAUGUCCUCAGCACAGCAGCAGCAACAUCAUCCUGCACCGCACUCCAGCGGCGCUUCCUUCCAGUCAUCGGCAGACGCCAUCGGCAGAGACAGUCCCGAUGGCUGGCAGCCAGCGCCUCUGAAGCGUGGCCACUUUGACAUGGAUGCACACAUUGGCCCGCCGCCUGCGCGGCGAUCACAAGCCGAUGGGCAGUGGCCACGCCGUGGCUCCUCGGGCCAUCCGCCGCCUUCUGGCAGCGGCGGUGCCAACAAUCAGGGUUACUUUGAAACGCCUUUCGGCAACGCCGACGACAAUCCCCCUGGCCACGAAUGGCCAAGCUGGUGAUCAACGCUGCAGCUUCGGGCCACCGCAUUCUUUGCCGUACACAUUGAUUUGCCGGUCUGCACCUGCCCCAAACAGUCACCUUGUGCUUACGCAUGCGGCCGUGUUACUGCGCCACUCUGCAUGUUGCUGCUCAUGUGCUGCCGUUCGUUGAUGCAGCCGCCGUCACUUCUGCUUCUUACAGCCCGUAGUGGCGAUGUCGUCGAUGAGGCGCAAGAGCACCACCGUCGCUGGUGGUCGCCUAGCCCGUGCACACACUCACAGCAGCAGCAGCAGCAGCAUGCGGAGCCGCCGUCGUCAGCUGCCGGUGCACGCAUUAUUGCUGCCACUCCAGCAUUCACUGGCUUGCCAGUAUGCCUUCCACGGCACCUUGUCGACUAUACGUUAGAAGCACGCCUGCCAACAUAACCUGGUUCUCGUUUGCUUCUUCUUUUCGUUUUCUUUUGUACUGGGCAAAGCUACAUCACGUGUACCCUCGCCUACACUCGUAUGUUCGAGCUCUUAUUUUCGUUCUAGCAUCUCUUCCGUGCACCUAGUCCUGGUGCGUGUUUCCAGUCGUCGUAUACUGUCUUGUCCUUGUGCCGGUGGAACCUUCUCUUCUUUUUUUUGUAAUGCUUUUGUUAGUGUGAGCUGAGCAGGUCUUUACUAUCACUCUCGUCAUGGCAUGCGUGUGUGUGUGUGUGUGUGUGUGUGUGUUUUCGCCUUCCUGUUUCGCCCAACAGCAGUACAGCAGCGUAUACGGCUGUAACUAAUUGUUGUACAUGUGCAUUGACAUCCAAUCCGUACAUGUGUGCCCAUUCUACAUAAUCGGUGCUACAUGUACGCUCCCGCCAUCCUUGUUGGUCUUUUACUCGUCCGUGUCAUCUGGGGUCUCUCACGCGUACUCGUUUUGUACCCGCGCGUGCGCUGCUUUCCCGCGUCUAUUGUAUUCCGACGCAUAUUAAUUUGGUGCUUGGAAAUGCCCCGAAAGAUUUGCGGCACGGCCAUGAGACGUUCCGUUGACCCUACGUGUAUCCAGUUUUUCACGCA